AGGGAUUGCUCUUGCUGCGGGGGUGGCGCGCGGCGGCUGCAGCUGCGGCGGCGCGCUCAGGGCCGACGUCCAGGGCGCCGCCGGGUCGAAGCUGCCGCCGUGGCCGCUGCGGCCUGAGCCAUGUACCGCAGCGGUGCCCGCUCCUCUGUUUCUUCGCACCGGCCUAAAGACAGCGGCGGGGGCGGCCCGCGCACCGGCCGCAACUCCGGCUCUUCCUCAGGGCCGGCUCGCCGCGCCUCGCCGCCGCCCUCCGGUUCCUCCUCGUCGCGUACCCUGGCCCGCAGGCCCCGCUCGCCCUCAGGGCACCGCAGCCACCGGGCCUCGCCCUCCCCGCCACGGGGUCGCCGCGGCUCCCCGUCGCCACUGCGAGGCCGACGACUCUUCCCGCCGGGCCCACCCGGGUUCAGAGGCAGCAGCCGAGGGGAGUCCCGCGCCGACUUCGCCCGGGACGGCCGCGGAGACCAUCUAGGCGACAGCGGCAGCCGGAGACGCUCUCCUGGUCUGCGUUCUGAUUCUUCCUUGGAACAGAGUUUAAGGAUCACUGUUGGCAAUGACCACUUCUGUGUUGGCACACCAGAACGGCGGCGGCUUAGUGAUCGGCUGGGGUCACCAGUGGAUAAUCUGGAGGAUGUGGACAGGGAUGACCUAACUGAUGACUCUGUCUUCACUCGAAGCUCCCAGUGUUCUCGAGGUCUUGAGCGAUAUAUUUCCCGGGAGGAGGGGCCUCUUAGUCCCUUCUUGGGACAACUUGAUGAGGACUACAGAACAAGAGAAACUUUCCUGCAUCGAUCUGAUUAUAAUCCCCAUAGCAGUUGUCAUGACGAGCUAUUGUGCAGCACAGAACGGACUAGAGACAAACUCAAAGGCUCCUACUCUAUGCGAUCCGAGGAGAGGAACCGGGAGGCCAAACGGCCCCGUUAUGACGACACAGAGAAGAUACACGGCAUAGGAGGGACUGACCUGAAUUUUACAGCAGGGAGCCGCAACUAUCGACAGCGUAGACAAAGCCCAAGCCCUAGGUUUCUAGACCCUGAGUUUCGAGAGCUGGACCUUGCUAGGCGAAAGCGAGAGGAAGAGGAAGAACGAAGUAGGAGCUUGAGUCAGGAGCUGGUGGGAGUUGAUGGUGGUGGCACUAGCUGUCCUAUCCCUGGAUUGUCAGGUGUCCUACCAGCAUCGGAGCCAGGAUAUUCUUUACAUCGGCCUGAGGAGGUAUCUGUGAUGCCCAAGAAGUCCAUUCUGAAGAAGCGGAUUGAGGUGGAAAUGGACCCUUCCAUGCAGCUUGAGAGAUUUUCCAGCAGUACCAGCUCCAGCCAGGAUCACACACUCUACUCUGGACACCAGCCUCUUCCACUAAGUGGUGCUAUAGCUGCUUUUGCUUCAGAAAUUGACAACAACAAGGAGACUAUGGUGAAGACUGCCUUGAAGGAACCUCAGGACAACCUCUACCAGUGGGGUCCCCUCCCUGGGAUAUCCAAAGACAACAGUCCUCUCAGAGAAAAGUUUGGAAGUUUUCUGUACCACAAGGAGAAAUUGGAUAUGAAGACUGAGGGACCUGAACGGCACACAGACUUCUUGCUGCCCCAUAAGAGGGCUAGCCAGGAUGGCAGUGGUUUUUCCCGCAUUCUGAGAAUGUUGGCAGAUUCUACCAGUACACAGGAAAAGAGGCGACGUAGCUUCCCUGACAUUGAGGAUGAGGAGAAAUAUCUCUAUGGGGAUGAAGAAGAGGACUUAAAGGCAGAAUCCCCACCAAAGCCCCUUGCGGGCUCUGAGAGUGAAGUUAUGAGGCAGAAGGCAAGCUCCCUUCCCUCUUCAGUUCUGUCUGUAAAGCGAGAAUCACUAGAAGAGACCAAUCCAGAAUAUGCCAAGAUUCAUGACUUGCUCAAGACCAUAGGACUGGAUAUUGGAGUAGCAGAGAUUAGUAAUCUGGCUGCGCGCACCCAGGAACGACUUCAUGGCAAGAAGCCAUCAUCACGUUCCUCAGACGACCGCCGUUCCUCAGUUGACCGACACUUUUCAUCUGAUUGUCGUUUCUCAGUUGACCGCCAUUUCUCAGCUGAUCGGCACUCCUCAGAUCCCCACAGACUGGAGAGCAGAGAGGCACACCAUAGCAGUACCCACUCUUCAGAGGUGUCCCAUCCAUACCCAGCCUCCCUCAUGGAUCCUUACCUGCUCACAAAAAGCAACCCCCCUUUCCUAAAGUCUGACCAUCCAAUGGGUCAGGUUUCAGGACCAGAGAUGGUUGGCAGUGGAUUUCAGUCAUCUGUUGCAGUCAGAUGCAUGUUGCAGUCAGCCCCGUCUGCUCCAAUUAGACUUCCACACCCUGCUUCUUUAUCUCAGUAUCACAUGCCAAGGGCUCCUCAGUUUGCUGCAGCGCGAGUACCUCCAAACUACCAGGGACCUGCCAUUCCCCCUGCCUCCUUUGAUGCCUAUAGGCACUACAUGGCAUAUGCAGCCUCAAGGUGGCCCAUGUACCCCACCUCUCAACCAUCAAACCACCCUCUGCCUGAACAACACAGGGUGAUGUCAACUACCAAACAAGCUACUCGUAGCCGUCCUAAUCUUCGUGUGAUUCCCACUGUGACUGCUGAUGAUCCCAAGCAGGAGGAGCCAGUGCUAAGCUCAAUUCCUUCUGUUCAAGUCCCUGUCCAGGUGUCCAUCCCGUCACUUAUAAGAUACAAUCCUGAGAAGAUCUCUGAUGAGAAGAAUCGUGCUUCCCAGAAGCAGAAGGUUAUUGAAGAAAGGGAAAAGCUGAAGAGUGACCGGGAAGUGCGCCAGAAGAAGAUGUACUAUCUCAGGACUGAACUGGAGCGGCUUCAUAAACAACAAGGAGAAAUGCUGCGCAAAAAACGAAGGGAAAAGGAUGGCCACAAAGACCCGCUCCUGGUGGAGGUGAGUCGGCUUCAGGAUAACAUUAUGAAGGACAUUGCAGAGCUACGACGAGAGGCGGAAGAGGCAGAAAAGAAGCAGUCUGAACUGGACAAGGUGGCUCAGAUCUUGGGAAUUAACAUUUUUGAUAAAUCCCAGAAGUCUUCAAAUGACAGUAAAGAGCCUACAGAGAAGUCUGAAAAAGCAGAAAAAGCUAAGAGCCCAGAAAAAAUGUCAUCCCCCUCAAGGUCCUCCAACAGCAAGGAAUCAAAGGUAAAUAAUGAGAAGUCUUGUGCUAAGAGCCCCAGGCCUGCUGAGAGCCCCCAACCAGAUCAGCCCAUUACUGCCUAUGAGUAUUAUGAUGCUGGCAAUCACUGGUGCAAAGACUGCAAUUCCAUUUGUGGAACCAUGUUUGACUUCUUCACCCAUAUGCACAAUAAGAAGCACACACAGACACUGGAUCCCUACAACAGACCUUGGGCUUCAAAGACCCAGAGUGAGGCCAAGCAAGAUGCUGUAAAGCGCACUGACAAGAUAACUGUUCCUGCAAAAGGCUCUGAGUUCCUGAUACCCAUCACUGGAUAUUACUGCCAGCUCUGUGAGGAAUUUUUUGGGGAUCCAAUUUCUGGAGAGCAACAUGUGAAAGGUCACCAACACAAUGAGAAAUACAAGAAAUAUGUGGAUGAAAACCCAUUAUAUGAGGAGCGGCGGAAUCUGGACCGCCAAGCUGGCUUGGCUGUGGUCCUAGAGACAGAACGGCGACGGCAGAGUGAGCUUAAGCGCAAACUUAGUGAGAAACCAAAGGAGGAGAAGAAAGAAAAAAAGGCAAAGGUCAUGAAGGAAGUAAAGGAAGAUGACAAGGUCUCUCAGGAAUUAGAGAACCAACUCUCUGAGGGUGGGAACUCCCCUGAAAAGGCUGAAAAUAAAAGGAAAGCUAGCACCAAACUCCAAUUAAAAGAAGAAGUAAAGAAGGAAUCACCAGUAUCUUCCUCUUUUGGAAAAUUCAGCUGGAAGAAGCUAGAAAGAGAGGAUGAGAGAAGUUCAGUGGUGGCCCCCAGUAUCCCUAAGGAAGACAUUGUGGAAAGCAUUAAGGACAAAGAAGAUGGCAAAGCUGAAGCUGGGAAGGCAAAGCCAAUCAAAAUCAAGCUCUCUGGGAAAACUGUUGUUGCACAUACCAGCCCUUGGAUGCCUGUUGUGACAACUUCAACCCUGACUAAGAUCCGACCCAACCUGCCUAUUCCGUCCACAGUACUCCGCAAGUCAAGUUCAGCCACAGUGAGCAAGCCAGCUCCUCUUAACACCUUUCUAUCUAUCAAAUCCUCUGGAACGACCGCUAAGCCUCUGCCAGUGGUCAGAGAGUCUUCAUCUGAUAUUCUCUUGCCUCCAGACAUCAUCUCCAAAGCUUUUGGAGGGGAAGAGGUGAUUCUAAAAGGGUCUCCAGAGGAAAAAAUGGUGCUGGCUGAAAAGAAUGAGCCAUCCCAUAUACCUGAGCAAAUGCUACCACCUCUUCCACCACCCCCUCCACCACCCCCUCCACCACCCCCAGUUUUACCUCAUCCAGCUGCCCCAUCUCCUGCUCAAGCAAAUGCUGUCUUGGCUCCAGUAAAAUCAAACCCAGCUGUGUCUCAGGCUCUCAGCCCUGGCUUUCUGGCUCCUAACAUUUUGAACCCGGUAUUGCCUGUAGCCAUCGUGGCCUCAGCACAGCCAGCUGCCAUUCCUUCUGAUGAGACUGCUCCUGGGGUGAGUGAGAGCGACCGGGACCAGGCCCUGUUCUCUUUGUUAGUGCGUCCUCCUCCACCACUCUCAAGCGUGUUUAGUGAACAAGCCAAAAAAUUGGAGAAGCGAAAUUCAUGCUUAGCCACGGCCAAUGCUAAGGACCUAUAUGACAUAUUCUACAGCAGUGGUGGAAAAGGGGCCCCUGAGACUAAGCUGAGCAGUGGUCCAUUGGCCAAUGGGGAAAAUGGCAACCUCUCCAGAGCGGAAAGUUCAAACAACUCUUCCACUUCUACUUUGAACAGCAGUGCAUCCCAAGAGCAAUUGCCCCAAGAUAGAGGUUUAGUCACUGCUCCUUUAGUCAGCAGCCCUGAAAAGCCCAUUGCAAAAACUGUGGUGUCCCUAGGGAAAUGGUCAGUUGUAGAACACAUAGACCAAAAAAGCAGAGACAGCAGCCAUGGCUUCCUACAGCCUCUGACAAGGUUGUGCCAAAGCAAGCAUUAUGAAACUAUUACGCCAAAGACAGAUACUUUGGCCAUGUGGACGUCUAGCUCCUUCCAGAGUGACGCUAAUAAGGAUAUGCCUUCAGAGGGAAAAAUCAAGCUGGACUUGGGAGAGCCAGGGCCACCUGGUAUAGAGCCAGCCCCUCAGCGGUCAGAUACACACUGUCCUACCAUGGGAUCUCAGAAGUUAUUGGCAGUCCACCUCAUAGAAUCUGGUAACCAGGAUGAGGAAAACCAAGAGCUCCACCAGUCUGAGGAUUGUAGAGAAGGUGAGGUAGAGACAAACACUGCACUAAAAAAAACAGGAGCAAAGCUCUCUAAGGGGAUGGUCGAAGAGGGAGUUGGUAUCAACCUUAAGCCCCACAGCAUAGAGAAUUCUAAUUUGAAUGAUGGAAACAGAUACAUGUGGGAGGGAGAAGCGGAACAGCCCAAGUUGCUGAUGACUGACAGAGAGGCUGAACAGCCCAAGAAAUUGAUGAAAGGAAGUGAAACUCAAAGUAAAGUAGUGAUCGAAUUGAGUGCACGGGCUGUCUCUUCCACAAAGGCAAAAAGAGACUCAUUUCCAUCAGAUGUUAGAUCUUUACUCCAGAAUCCACAAGAUAAACCUGUGAAGAAUUCUGCCCCAAAAUUGCUUCUUCAGUCCUCAGUCAGGUCAGAUACGUGUUUAACAGAUAGUCCACAGGAGCAAGGAGUUUCAGUUGGUAGUGAAGAAUGGCUAGAAAAUUCAGCUCCAGAGUCAGCUUCUAAAAUUUCUAGGUACAGAAGUCUCAAACUCAAGAGAGAAAGAUCAAAAGGCCUUCAGGGUAAAAUGAUCUAUGGACUGGCUGUUUGGGAUGAGAACAUGAAGAAGCCAGAGACCUGGGGGAACCCAGAAAAACCAGAAUCAGAAGCCCUGGAGCUAAGAGGUGUCCAUCCAGAAUUAACAGUGACGAUAGAAAGCAAGACCUCACAAGACUUUGAAACUACAGACUUAAAAUUAGAGGAGCUUGCUGCCCUGGGGAAUAUGGGGGAUAUCUGUGUUGAUUUCUGCAGUACUCAGGUAGAACCAGCACAUAGAUCCCCAACUGCUGUGUCUCAGAAACUGUGUCAGGAAAAUUCUGCAUCACUUAUAGGAUGUAAUCCCUCCACUCCUGCUGACUUUGAACCAAUCCCAUCCUUUCCUGGGUUUCCAUUAGAUUCUUCAAAACCCUUGGUGCUUAACUUUGGGGCAGAGGGUGAGCAAAACUCAUCUAAUCCCAGAAAUGGGAGGAUCACUCCUAACAUUUUGAAAACUCGACUGCCUAUAGAAAAUGUUGACCUUGGUUUGGGGAGCCUAGAGGUAACACACCAGGCCCUUGACCUCUUAGCAGGAGGAAGGUUGCCUGAGGAAGUAGAAGAAACUUCCCAAUUAGAGAAACAAGAGUCACUCAGAUUGGAAUCAGAAACAAUUAACUCUUCAGGCCUUGGGCCAUCUCCUUGCCUUCCAGACCUUGUUGACUUUGUCACACGGACAUCUGGAGUUCAGAAAGACAAGCUGUGUUCUCCUCUCUCCGAGCCAGGUGACCCUCCUGAGUGUAGCUCUCUGGAGAUGGGACCACUACAGCUAGAAAUACCGAAUGCAUCUAUCACAGAGGUAGCAAUUCCUCAAGUAGAUGAGGACAAUUCAAGGUCCCUUCCAAGGGAGCAGGUAGUUGGAGGUAAUCUAGUCCCUCAGCAAAUGCCUGCACAAGAAGCUACAGUUGAUGCCGUCCAGGAACUCAUGGAAUCCAGUGUUCACAACUAAAAGAAUAUAUACCCAGAGCUACUUGUGGAUGAAUCAAAUUGGCUUCUAGAAAUCAGGUGCCCAGAUGACCCAGUGCUAUUUGGCUAUCUCCUCUGGAAGCUACAUGAAGAGAUGUCAGCAUCUUUCAGCAAAUGGCCAUGGAAGCUAAAAAGUUUACCUCCUUUCCUUUUAUUCCUUUUCCCUUAAAAUACCUGACAAAUCAAUCAUAACUACUUCUAUACAUAUCUGUAAAAUAUUUUCUGUUAAUUCUUUUUGACCAUUUAUUUUCUCCUACUUUGUCAUUAAAAUCAAAUGUCUAUCUGACUGUCCGCAUAGUGUGCUUUGAUUGUAUUUUGACUUUGUAAUUUCUGGAACGUGGGGGAGGAGGGAGACAGAGCUGACUUCUCCAAUUGCUGUGUUGUAUUCCCACCCAAUUUCCUGGGCAGCUGAUGAAUCUCUGGGAGAAACACCACAUAGCUUUCUGAAAUGGAAAACUUCUACUGAUGAAGGAAGAAUUGUUCAUCUCUUAGGCUUCCAGUUUGGAUGGGCCUGCCUUAACAUUGUUUGAAAUGCAGCGUGAGUAGCUCUUUUGUUUACUGUUUACUUCCCUGUGGCAUGUCAGCCCCCAUACUUCCCUUACUGUGUAGACUUUGCUGGAGACAUCCUGCCAACCCACAAACCUGUUUGGAAAUGGCCUCAAUAAACAUGGAAGAAAAUCUAGCAGACUCACUUUUGGAAGACAACAAAUCGGUAAGGCUUAUUCAUGACUCAAUGCCAGAAGCAGAUACACUUUUUGGGUCACUUUUGUUUUUGAAAUGGCCUUUAGUUCUUUGUAUUGUGAUCCAGCAACACUUUGUGGUAAACUGUUUGGCAGCCAUUUCUGUUCUGAAGAGGUAGACUAUCUGAAACUUGUCUUGGGACCGGACUCAUUCUCUGUUUCACAAACGCACAUGUAUCUCCUCUACCUCUCCCUUUCCCAAGUUAUUUCCACCAUAGUGUGAUGUUUUGGGUUGUACAUUUUGUUAAAAAGAUUAAAGAAUUCGUGUGUUGGCUUGGACAAAUUUAACUUUAUUUUUAAUGUGUUAAUUACUUGGAAUAAAUGCAUUAAUCUCAUGUUUCUUUCUGGAUUUUUUGUUUUGAAACUACACACAUUUGAACUCUGGAAAACUAGAACAAUGAACCCCUGCUGCUGCCCUGUUGUCUCCUCACCCUCACUCCCACCCCGCAGACAUUCUUUCUCCAUUUGUGAGAGCUACUUCCAGCAUGGUUAGAAUGUUAAAUUAUAUAGUGUGUGCCCCACUGCUGCCUGGAUGGGUAGUGACUGUGCAGUGGUGGUCAGGUAUUGGUUGUGAAGCUUUUUACACACCCUUAUGCUGGCUUUGCCCAGGAGCCUCUGGAAACUGAGCUCUCCAAGGACACACAUGGUCUUGCUGAGGGCCCUCUUGGGAGUCACGAAAUUCAGUCCUCAGAUUUUCUAAUCUCUGUCCCAUUUUUUUCUUGACAUCCCUGUUGUCAGCAGUUUGUAACGUGGCUCAACAGAGGCUUCAGAGUCCUACUUCCCCACCCACUCCUCAAAAAUAAUGCAAAGUUGCCGGUUUUUUCCCAUAAGACUUCGUAUUUCUGUUUUCUUGUCUGCAGAGCUGCAGAAUCCCUAGGUUGAGUUUCGGAAGGCUAUUUAAUUUUUCAAGAGCCUUGACUAAUGGCAAUUUUGGAGUUCUCCUGUCCUUUCUUCAUCAUGCUGUGGAAAGGGUGGGGAGAGUUAGAUCCUUAAAUAUGCCUCAGCCGUUCGCCUUGCUGUCAUUUUGGAUAAGUUACUUUACCAUGCCACAGAUUUUGUAUUUCUUCUGUAUGAUGAGGAUCAUUCUUUCCAUCCCAGGACUAAAUGUGUACAGGGUUAGGCUAUCCUGAGUAAUCUUCCUAGGUCUGCUUUUUAGGCUGAAGCCUGAGUUCAGUGUACUUUUCUGGCCUGGAAACCAGACUGACUCAGAAGAUGCUUAUAGAAGAGCUUAAACCCAGGUGAGCUGCAGAGAUAAUAUUUGUUUCUCCAGAGAAUACCUCCUUCCCAAUCUAGAAGGCUAUCUACAGGAAUUCAGGGAACAUAAGAGUUUAAAUUGCCAGUUUGUAUUGAUUUUCAGGCCUGUUCACUUAGUAAGUACCACUUCCCUUUGGGGAGAGACAGGUGGGUUUAGGGAAAGUGGGAAGGGGUUACCAUAUCCAGAUCCCAGUCCUAACCUCACCCUGUCUCAGUGGGAGUCAGAAUCUUACUCUCUAGGUUAGGAGGGGGCCACUUAAAAGGGUUAGGAAAGGAAAGAGCAAAUCUAGGAAGGACAAGUAGCUGGGACUGGAGUACUUGGAGCUUUAGCUUUGGUAGCAGCUCCUUUUGUACUCAGCCACUCUCAAAUGGUAGUCUCUCUGACACUGUAACUUCAGGCUUUGCACCAAAGACAUUUACCAAUCUUGGGCUUUUUCUAGAAUGAUGCCAACUUCUAGAGUUGAUAGGAGCCCUGAUGGUGUAGUGGUUAAGCACUUGGCUGCUAACCAGCAGGUUGGCAGUUUGAACCCACCAGCUACUCCACAGGAGAAAGAUGAGGCAGUCUGUUU